CACAUUCGCACUUGAACAAUCACAACUAUCACAAUGGUCGCAAAGUUCAUCAUCGUUCUCGCUCUGGCCGUGGCUGCCUCAGCCAUUCCCUUGGUGCCAGUUGCCAAAAUCGCGUACGCUGAACCCGAAGCUCCCGCUCACUACGAGUUCCAGUACUCUGUCCACGAUGAUCACAGCGGUGACGUGAAGCAACAGCAGGAGUCCCGCGCCGGUGAUGCCGUGCACGGAUCCUACUCUCUCGUGCAACCUGACGGUGUUCACCGCAUCGUAGAGUACACCGCUGACAAGGUCAACGGAUUCAACGCUAACGUACACUAUGAGGGUACCCCCAUUCCCGCCCCUGCUCCAGCCAAAAUUGCGUACGCUGCUCCUGCUAAAAUCGCGUACGCCGCUCCCGUGGCCAGGGUAGCCUACUCUGCUCCUAUUACCUAUGCUGCUCCCGUUGCCAAGUUCGCCUACGCCGCUCCCGUAGCCAAGAUCUUUGCCAUCCUCGCUUUGGCUGUAGCCGCAUUCGGGUUACCAGUUGUACCUGUUGCCAAAAUUGCCUACGCUGAAGCCGAAGCACCUGCCCACUACAACUUCCAGUAUUCUAUCCACGAUGGUCACAGCGGAGAUGUGAAAGAACAGCAAGAGGCUCGCGCUGGUGAUACCGUGCACGGCUCUUACUCUCUGGUGCAACCUGACGGUGUGCACCGCAUUGUGGAGUACACCGCUGAUAAGGAGCACGGAUUCAACGCCGUUGUACGUUAUGAGGGACAUCCCAUCGAUGUUCCAGCUCCCGCUAAAGCUGCGUACACUGCGCCUGCCAAGGUAGCUUACUCUGCCCCCAUCAGCUAUGCCGCCCCUAUCGCUAGAGCGGCCUAUUCUGCACCUCUCACCCAUGUGACCUACUCUUCACCAACCAUCUCCUAUCAGCACUGAAAAAUCUAGUCAUACGUUUCUCUGCUCCUUAUUUAUGUGAUAUGAAUAGAUAUAAAUAAAUUUUAUUUAAUAUU